UGGCACAUGGAAAUGAUAGAGUCCUGUAGGCAAACCCAAAGUAUUUUAAUUCUUUAGUAGGAUGCAUGGUCGAGAAUGUCGCAUCCACUUCAAAUUUUGUGUGGGUCUGAUGCAUCAGUACAUUCUAGGGCUACGAUCGAAUAAUCCAUGUUGCUGUACAUUGCCUGACUAUUUUUAACAGCGGUGAGUGGCAACAGUAUGCGGCAACAUACAGCGCGCGGGGAAGCACUAGGGAAAGGAGAGAAUAAGUGAAAGCACGUUCCACUGUCAUACUAAAAGUAGUAGCAGGGAACUGGUCUACUAGGUGAGCAAUUUAGUAAGACUUACACUACAAAUAAUUGACACUUCGGGAAAACGUAGACAGAAAGGGGACGUGACCGGUUGAGAUGGACGGACCGCCGGAGACCUGCUGGGAGCGCACCUUGACCACACGCGAGUAACCGAUCUUCAAAGCGAUUGGGAUGGCAGCAUCUAGUAAUUCAAGUCUCUCAGGUUCAUCAGUCUCGUCAGAUCCUGAGGACUACCAGCCGCCCAUAUGGAAGUCUUACUUGUAUCAGCUCCAGCAGGAGACUCCCAGGCCCAAGAGGAUCACAUGUCCUCAAGAGAUGGAGAGCCGACCGAAAUACUACGGCAGAGAGUUCCACGGCCUGGUCUCUAGGGAGUACGCAGACGAGCUCCUGGGGGGGGCGGAGGGGGCUUACCUCAUCAGAGAGAGCCAGCGGCAGCCAGGGACGUACACCCUGGCCCUGAGGUUUGGCCGCCAGACCCUGAACUACAGACUCUUCUAUGACGGGAAGCACUUUGUGGGGGAGAAGAGGUUCGAAUCGGUGCAUGACCUGGUGACCGACGGCCUCAUCACCCUGUACAUCGAGACCAAGGCGGCCGAGUACAUCGCCAAGAUGACCACCAACCCCAUCUACGAACACCUGGGCUACACCUCGCUGCUCAAGGACAAGAUGGUGAGCCGGCUGAGCCGAGGGCGGUCGGAGCAACGCAGGGUCACCUUCCAGAGGGAUGACAAGAUCUCCUCCCCUCUGCUGCGGAGGAGCGCCCUGAAGGAAUGCCCAGAGAGGCAGUGCUCCUAUGAGAAGAUCCACAACUUCAAGGUUCACACAUUUCGGGGGCCACACUGGUGCGAGUACUGUGCCAAUUUCAUGUGGGGUCUCAUUGCCCAAGGCGUUCGUUGCUCAGACUGCGGGCUGAACGUGCAUAAGCAGUGCUCCAAGCUGGUGCCUAGUGACUGCCAGCCAGACCUGCGCAGGAUAAAGAAGGUGUUCAGCUGUGACCUCACCACGCUGGUCAAGGCCCACAACACAACACGACCCAUGGUGGUAGACAUGUGCAUCCGAGAGAUUGAACUGAGAGGUAUGGAUACAUUCGUCUGAGGAUUGUACCGCGUGUCUGGUUUCUCAGAGCACAUCGAGGAUGUGAGGCUUGCCUUUGACCGAGAUGGUGAUAAGGCAGACAUCUCUGCGGAUACGUACGCAGAUAUCAACAUAAUCGCUGGAGUUUUGAAGCUCUACCUUAGAGAUCUCCCCAUCCCGGUCAUAACAUUUGAGUUGUACUCCAAAUUCGUCCAAGCAGCAAAAAUCCCCAACCCUGAAUCCAGACUAGAGGCUAUCCAUGAGGGCCUACUGCUCCUGCCCCCAGCCCACCAUGAGACCCUGCGCUUCCUGAUGGCUCAUUUGAAGAGGGUCACAAUGUUCGAGAAGGACAACUUCAUGAAUGCUGAGAACCUUGGUAUCGUGUUUGGGCCGACGUUAAUGCAGCCCCCUGAGCAGAGUGCCCUGACCACCCUGAACGACAUGAGACAGCAGAAGUUGGUGGUGCAGCUCUUGAUAGAGAACGAAGAGGUCUUGUUUUGAGGACUGGAGCCUAUUUACAAAUGACUUUUAUUUAUUCUGUAUCCGAGGAAACCAAGCCAAGCCCUGAUUCUGUCUUCAAACAACAUGUGAAACAUGUUUAUAGUGUGGUCCGAUUUGAGCUUACAGUGCUUUUCUCUCAUAAGCAUGGCUACAGUGUAUCUGGCAAAGUUAGGUCAGACACCACACCUGUGUUCCUGUAUGAGGUACUGGGGGAAAGGUCCCAACAUUCAGCAACUACUGUGUCAUGAAUCAAGCCACUCGUAGCAUUAGCACAUUACAGUGGCUUGGGUUCAAUAGUGCUUUAAUCAAUAGGGGACACCAUAUUGAUUGGCUGGUCAAAUGCAUCAUAUGUAUUUGUGCACACUGUGAUGAGUUUGACAAGGGAAUGCAGGUUCAAUUUGAAUCCAAGAUCUGUUACUUUUCAAAUCUGGUUCGAGUGGGAACACAUUAAGAACUAUGCGCAAAAUUAAAUGACAAUGAAGAUCAUUGGUAGCUUUUAAAGCACUUUUUCUUUUGCAAAGAGUGUGGUGAAUUUAUUUUAUUCAGAUGUGUUUUUAUGGUGGAAUUUUUCUUCAUUAUGUUCUUUUGUGUAAUAUUAUGUACAUAAUGUUGGCUGUCAAGAGUGUGAGUGGUUUAGCGUAGCAUUCAUUUACAAAUGCAAAGUUGAAAAAGUGUACUACUGUACAAGUAAAACAGCAUACCCUUCAAGGAAAAUCUGUUUUUAUUGUUAGUGUGUUAUUAAUUUUAUUAUUGAAUGUUCUAGGCAAAGUCAGAAUGGUUCAUCCUUAUAAAUAUUCACGAAGGAAAAAAUGGAUACAUGCUUAUCAUGCAUGCAUAGACAAAAUCAUUUCAAAUUCAGUAUACAUCUGUAUAGUACAAUACAUGCAGGAGUUACAGUUUGCCAACCAACUGCAGGAUGCUGUAUACGGUUAUUCGUCCAAGAACGUUUGUGGAAACUAAAAUACCCAGAAGGAUUCUCAAUUGAGUCAGACUACAUAGUUUGGGAUAUUUCUGAAACACCCAAACAGCCUGGAGCAAAAGUAGUUGACUUUAACUUCUCCAACUUUCAACCUAGUCGGAGUAAUAAAGGUAGCUAACCAUUGUAUAAUUUGAUAUAAUUAUGUGAAUCCUUUUUACAAAUCAAUUUUAUUAAAAGUAUUUUUGUGAUGGGUGCAAUUAAGAUUGUAAUUUAUCAAAUAAUGAUUUAUUAAAGGAUGUGAAACUUC